UGUGGCGGUGCUUCUGGCAACCCGCCGAAGGAACGCAGACGCCGCCGAUCAGAUCGACUGGAAAGCGGUGCUGACUGUGACAUUACAAACCGAGCCGAGUGCAAACGAGGAAUCAGUAUACGCUAAUCUGUAAACGCUAAAUAAUCAAUUCGCAUUAGCUGAAGCAGUUUCUUAUCACCAGCUAACAUUAGCCCCAAAGACUGCUAUGACAUAGUCAAGCUAGCAAGUACUGUUUGGCCAUUAUUAUUGUCAGGCUAACUCGUGAAGCUUGAGUAUCUCCUAUGAACUCGGGACUCUCGUAGACUGUGCAAACAUGUCCACCACUUCGUUGGAUAAAGAACUCCAGGAGCGACUGAGGGAGGCGUCUGCCAUCGGGGACAUUGACGAAGUGCGGACAUUGGUAGAGAGUGGAGUAAACGUCAAUUCCCAAAACGAAAUCAAUGGAUGGACUUGCCUGCAUUGGGCAUGCAAGCGGAACCAUAAGCAGAUCGUGUCCUACUUACUUAAUAGUGGUGCGGACAAAGACAUCCUCACAGCUAAGGAUGAGCUGGCCUCACAGCUCACAUCCAAACCAGAGAUCAAGCGACUUUUAGGAGUUGAAGUGGAGGACGUGCCAGAAGUCAAGGAGGCUGAGUUGCCAAUCAUCCCCAACUAUUUGUCCAACCCUCCCUUUUUCUACUCAAAGAUGGAUAACAAGAUGGAGCUCCUCCUUUCUCAGCACCAUGCACAAAAUGGAUCUGUGGAACACCCGGAGUUCACAGACAGCAAUUCAGCCCCACUUUCUCCAACCCAGCACUUACAGAUGCCACAGAGCCUGGCCUCUGAUGACCCCAUUCCACCUACCAACCCCAUCACCCAUAACCAAGUUCAAGUCAGGGAAUUUGUUCCAUUGGCUGAGCAAAAUGGCGUGGCAACUGGCUUAGCCCCAUCUCAUAACCACACAGUUGUAAACUGCACAGUGCCCAUGAAUCUGUCAGUCGAGCCGCACCUUGUUAACCACGCAGUGCCACACAAUGGAACCAUGUGCUCGCCUCCUUUGGCCUCGACCAGCCCAGGUAUGGCUUGCAGCAAUGGGAGUCAGGUCCAGGCUCCAUCCAACCCGACAGUGAGCAGGCAGCAGUCUGUCCCGCAGCAGAUAGGCUACAGUCAGCCAGGCGGACCUUUGCCAGCCUUCCAGCCGUUUUUCUUCACAAGCACCUUCCCUGUCAAUGUACAAGAAUUAGUACUGAAGGUCCGUAUCCAGAACCCUAACGCCCGUGAGAACGACUUCAUCGAGGUGGAGCUUGACCGCCAGGAGCUCACGUAUCGUGCGCUGCUGAGGGUCUGCUGCCGCGAAUUGGAUAUCAGUACUGAGCACGUGGAGAAGAUCCGCAAGCUGCCAAACACCAUGUUAAGAAAGGACAAAGAUGUCGCCCGGCUGCAGGACUUUCAGGAGCUGGAGGUCGUCCUGGAGAAAUCCGAGGGCUUGUCCUUGUUCUCUGGAACGGGGAGCCUCACUGACAGACCCUGCUACAACAUGAAGGCCUCCCGCCUCACCUACUAGACUGCCCGUUUUCCCUGCUUCUCACGGGCUUCUGUAGCCACACUCCAGCGGCCGCUAACCAGUUGCCUGCCAGAUCCCUUGUCGAGCUUUGUUCAGCUUGUUCAUAGCGGGAUUGCGUCUUUCAAGUUCUCAAGCUCUUUGUCCUCCCCUGGGCCUUUUUGCUGCUUAAGUGUUCCCAACUAGUUCUGAGAGAUUACUGAUGCAUGGUGUCUUGGAUUAUGAGAGAAAAUAUUUGGGCCUCUCUCUCUCCGUCGUCACCCAGUGCACCUUGUGCCAAGACUCCAAGGGAAUGACAAGGGGUUGUUUCGGGGACAUUAGCUUGUCUUCCUGGGGUUUCUGCAAUAGCCUUAUAUGGACAUGUGUGGGACAAAGUGUCACACACAGUUGCAUAACUGUUGCAGAUCAGAGCCACAGAGCAAGUACAAUAUACUUGAAGUGAUAGAACAUGUUCCAGCUUGCUUACACACCUUUAUACAUGCUGUUGCUUCACCCUUGUGUCUUUGCUGCAAGAGGGGAGCUCCCAUUAGUUGCUUUAAUUGUUGGGCUGUUUGGACUGAUCAUUUUAACUGCUGUCUGCAUACGUUCCAACACGAUGGAGAUGAAUUACACUGGAAAAGAAAAAUGUAGUUUUUAUAGUUUUUCCGGUGUACCAAUUAAAAUUCUUAGUUAUUUAAAAUUCUCAAAUACCUCACCAUCUCUGAAGUAUUCAUAUUUUAGUUGUUUUAACUAUUAUCACAAGGCCAGACCACACAUUUUGAUUUCCAUUAACAAGACUCUGAGCUAAUGUUAAGUUGCGUGUGAGGGUCCCAUCAACGUUCACAGGUUGCAACUUGCGUUGAACAAUACGACGGACCGUUGUCGUCACAAAGCUAAUUUGACCUGCUGAUGAGCAAACCACAGAGCAUCACAAAGGAAUGCACCUGAACAAGUUUGUUUCCUACAAAGUGGAGUGGAAUGAAAAAUGCACCUGCUCAUCUGAGUCAUGUUUCCGAUAGUUAAUUUAGUAACAAGCCACAAGGGGAGGAAGGUGUGGGGUUGCCUCCAUUUUGGCCAACCUUCUCAAUGCCAGUCUUUUUUUCUUUUUUCUUUUUUGAUCUUAACUUUAUUAGAUAACAAAAGUAUUUGACCUAACCUAAAACUGCACUGACAAGAUGAGUCAUAACACUUAAUUGUUGUAUGUUAAGAUGGUAAUGGGCCUUAAGUCAUGGAAAUGUGAAUGCUGCUUUCACCAUUGUGUUCUGUUCACGCUGGGGCUCAUUUCUUGACAGUGGGGCCGUAGAUUAAGUCACAUUGUACAUCCUACAAUCAAAAUAUUUCUAACCCAGUGCUGUUUACUUUACAAAUGUAUACCCGAAGCUCUUACUUUAUGACGGAUAUUUUUUAUUAAUAAGCGUAGUUUAGGGUUUUUUUUUCGUUUUUUUUUUUAAACCGGGUAGACCUGUUGUGUUUGUGUCAAAGCGUUUAUGUCGGAAGCUGAAGUGGACAUUGGAAGUUGCAAUGUGAAGUAAAAACAAUGUUAACAGCUUUAUUAAGACCGAAAUGAGCAGGAGGAAGGACCUGGCUAGACAGGGUGAGAGUGUCAUGUUUAAAAUGGGUUCAUGGCUCAUGUUGGAUUCUGUGAAAAGGAGAGGACUAACAAUAUUUGCAAGUUUGUUUAUUGUUCUAGAGUUCAAGCAGAAUACAGUUUGACUUAACCUAUGCAUCCAGAGUCUGAUAUUUUUAUAAAAGAUGCGUCCUGUGUACUUGCAGACAUAAUCGUAGGCACUAUUGAAGCUGUGUAUUUUGUUCUGGAGACCUGUCUGUGUUCUUUGAUAAAGCAUGGUGAAUGCC